AUGGGCUUUCAAAAAUUCCGACUUGGUCAUGCUAGUGCGCCCACUUCGCACAAGAAGAAGCGAGCGACAGAUUCUAGCUGUCUUACCGGAGGAUUCUACACGAAUCCUGUUUCCGGUGCUACUAUCGACUCUCUGAAGACCUUGAAUAUCACUUGGGACACUUCGUGUUUGACCCCUUCCAACGACGAAGUUGACAUCUACCUCUACGCUCCCUCUGCGGCGACUCCUCGACUUCAUUUGUGGGAAGACGUUCCCUUUAGCAAAGGAUACUAUGAGGCCGAGUUAAUGCCCCGUUGGUGGAAUACAACUUCGAGCGAGCAGCUUCAGUUGCUCAUCCUCCAGAGCGGUGACGCACCCUUCCUUGCGACUCUUCCCGCCGGACCUGUCUUCACAGCAACUUAUAGUACACCAUCCUCUGGAACACCCGAAUCUGCUCAGACUUCACUUGCUUCCCUUGAUUCGGGAAUUACCGAGGUCCAAUCGACGGCAUCUACCUCUUCCUCUUCGCACCUCUCAGGUGGUAAAAUCGCAGCUGCGGUGAUUAUGCCGCUCCUUGCCGUUGCUGCCCUCGCCGUAUUCUUCUGGAUCCGACGCUCUCGUGCCACUGUCAAGGAAGAACGCAAAGUGUGGUCGGAGAAAGUGGAUCAACGUAUGUCGGUCGUAUCUGCCGAUUGGCAGAGUAUUUCUCCCGCCGGUGCACAAGCGGCCAUUCGCAACUCGAUGGCUAUCAGUGCUUCUAUGGAAGCAGAAGCGCGUAUGUCUGUGGCUGCUGUCAACCUUGCCGGAAUGGGCGUCCAAGCCCCCGGAGGAGGUGUCGGAGGGUUUUUCAUUCCCGGUCAAGGUGACCCAACUGUAAACCCCAUUGUUGCAAUGCCCGUCCCAUCGUUUCCUGCAACAGCACAACUUCGUCCUGGUCUCCGUUCUUCUGCUUACUCAUCUGCUGCUGCCGCUGCCCGUGUCUCCCGUGUAUCCUUCGCAGCGGAUCCUGCCAUCCCCGGUCGUCCUUCAGGCGAAUCUCGUCGUUCCAUCUAUGAUCGCGAGCGGCCUUCGUUCGAUUCUUCUCAGCGUCGUUCAGGGUAUUCUCAGUACAGUCAGAACAGCGCUACUCGAGGCAGCAGGGCAUUCCACUACGCUGAUGGUGAGAUGCCUCCGAUGCCUGAUGGCGCCGCCGAACGCGCCUCCCAGUUCUACGCACUCAAUAGUAACACGAACUUUUCUACUCUUGGUUCCCACAUGAAUGUCUCGUCGUCAACCAUUUAUUCAUCCUCUGUAGACGCCAAUCGGAUGUCGAGGAUGAGCCGAUUCGACGAGGUCUAUGGAGAAGACUACUCUGGUGAAUAUUCGGUCCAAAAUGAAGAUGGAAGUCGUGAAGAAGGAACCAUGAGUCCUACGCAGACGAUGGGUCCCAUCGCACUGAGCACGGAUGAUAUCAAAAGGAGGAUCAGCAUGCGCCAAGGAAGCCCGAGUAGUGGUAAAGCUAGCUUUGACAGCGGGAAUGACGAUGUUGGGCCCGCGUUAACUAUGAUGCGCGCUCAAGAGGAUGAUUAUUUUAACCACAAUGGUGGUACAUCUGAAACGAUCUUCACCACCUCGCCUUCGCCGAAUCAAACUUCCUUCCCCUCGUUCCCAAUACCUUCCCUUUCCGGAGUAGUCAUUCCUGGAUCACCCGUCUCUUCGCCUAUCGUUGAACUGCCUCCUACUACUUCUACGAGCACUUUCACUGGUAUGGCACCGCCCAAAAACGGUAUGAGCCCCGAUGAUAUGCUGAGGGCUUACGCGGAAAGGAAAGCUGCUGCUGGAGCAGUAAGAGUUGGGACACCAAAGAUUUCAAACCCGUCUCCUCUAGCACGGGAGGUGAUUUCACAACCCAUUGAGGAGCAAGAAUCUGGAAAGGCCUUGUAA